UCCAGCUGCACCGCGUUCAGACUUUCUUCCAACUCCCCACUGGCUCCGAAAGCCUGAGCCCCGCCUCGCUUUGACGCUUUAUUUCCUCCCCGGCUCCGCCACUCUGCAGUGUCAGCAGCGCCCAGAGCGGGACCUGCCCCCCAGGCCCGGGGCGGAUCCCUGCUGCAGGGGUCGCUCCCGCCACCCCAGCCCCGUGGGAGAAGGGGCUGCCUGCGAAGAGCUGGGCUGGGGGAGCCGCAGGCCCAGGCUGAGCCCCCCUGCCUGCGAUCGUGCUGGGGUGCUGCCCUCCUAGCUACUCCAAUGCCAGCUGUCCCUGGGCUGCCCCCUAUUCCUCGGGCGGCUGGGAGCUGAGGGGCAGAGCUGCCCCUGUAAAGCCCAGCAUCAGGCUGCGGAGAGCCCGGGGCAGCCCAGCAGCGAGCGAGGACCAGAGGGAGACCGAGAGGACCAGCCAGAGUCCCGCAGUCACCAUGCGGGAGCUCGGCCUCCCAUUGGUCCCUGGCUCCCCUCCCCUCGCCUGACGCGGGGCGUGGGGUUUAAAUGCCUCCUGGCUGGAGCCCGCGGAGCCUCUUUGCCCAGAGCUCAUUUGCUGGAGUUUUAUUGCUGGAAAAGAGCGACAGCUCUGGGAGGGGAAGGGGGGUCACCUCAUCCUCUCACUCGCCCCGCCAAUGACCAGUGACUCUAACCCCCAGGAGCCACCCAUGAAGCAUCACUUCACUUUGCAGAACAACAGUUGACGAUCCAAAAAAAUCAGUUCGCAGCUGCCUUUAGCCAUGAGCUGUUUGGAUGUUAUGUACCAAGUUUACGGUCCUCCCCAGCCUUACUUUGCAGCAGCCUAUAGUCCUUAUCACCAGAAACUAGCCUUUUACUCGAAAAUGCAGGAAGCCCCCGAAAGCGCCAGCAGUGCCAGCACUAGCAGCGGCAGCAGCUCCUUCUCCAGUCAUGCCCCUGCCAGCAUCAAGGAGGAAGACUGCAGCCCCGAGAAGGAGCGCCCCCACGAGGCCGAGUAUAUCAACUCCCGGUGCGUCUUGUUUACCUACUUCCAAGGGGACAUCAGCUCCGUGGUAGACGAGCACUUCAGCCGGGCCCUGAGCCAGCCUAGCAGCUACUCGCCCAGUACUGCCAGCGCCAAGACGUCACGGAGCACCAGCUCUUGGAGGGACGGCUCCUUCCCGAUGAGCCAGCGCAGCUUCCCCGCUUCCUUCUGGAACAGCGCUUACCAGCCCUCCUCGGUCCCGGCCUCCCUGAGCAGCAGCCUGGGCAGCCCCUUGGCCGCCGCCGCCCACAGCGAGCUGCCCUUCGCCGCGGCCGACCCCUACUCGCCGGCCGCGCUGCACGGCCACCUGCACCAGGGCGGGCCGGAGCCCUGGCACCACCCGCACCCGCACCCGCACCCGCACCCCUACCUGGGCGCGCAGGGCUCCGCCUACCCCCGCGCCGCCGCCAUGCACGAGGUCUACGGCGCCCACUUCGACCCCCGCUACAGCUCGCUGCUGGUGCCCGCCGCCUCGGUCCGCCCGCACCGCCCGCCGCCUGCCGCCGCGCCCGGCAGCCCCCAGUGCGAGCUGGGCAAGAGCGAGCCCGCCAGCGCGGCCUGGGCGGCGCCGGGCCCUUUCCCCAGCCCGGCGGGGGACAUGGCCCAGGGCUUGGGCCUCAAUGUGGACGCAGCUCGCCGUUAUUCCUUCUGUGGUGGAUCUCUCCUGAGCUGAUCUGCUGACUCAGAGACCCCCCGAGUCCCCUUCCUCUCUUCCUUCAGACAAGCCCACCACAGCUCAGCAUCUAUGCCAGGCAUUUCAAGGACAAGCACACAGGGAAGGCAAUGGGACUUCAUACGACUUGGCAUUUCAAAUACAAUACUUAAGACUUAUUGUGGAGGAUAAAAUUCCUUCAGCUGAAAGAGGAGAGCCAAAGACACUUUUAUUUAAACUAACUCCACGCCUAGAACUGUGGUCAGACUGCUUAAAAAAAGUUAAAUUAUGUGGACAGUGAUGUGAAGUCACUGGCCUUAAGGAAGGGGGAGGGAAAGUUGUUGGGUUUUUUUGGUGGUGUUGUGAAUAUUUUUUAUGCCAAUGAGAAUUAUUUCUUGAAAGCAGGUUGGGGAGAUACUCAGUGAUUUUGAACUGGAUUUGUACUUUACAUUAUAGAAAACUGAAAGGAAAGGAAAUUUUAACUCAUGAACACUUUUGGACUGUUAACAAAAUUGGACAGAUCUUUCAGCCUGGGGUUAUGAGUGGCAAAUGGCUAGCUUGGGCCACCUGCCCUAGGCUUACAGAAAUGCAGCUGUUCCAGGGACAACUGUUCAAACUCCAGAAACUUGACAACCAAGGUGGCACUUCUCAGAGUUUGGCUCAACAAUUGCAUUGGAGAUAUAUAUAUAUAUAUAUAUAAUUUUUUUUUACAAGGAAUGUUUUAUGAUGAAAGAAGAAACCCUUAAAAAAAUAAAAUCUGACAGCCUUCAUGGGGAACAACUGGAGUACGCCAGAAGGAAAGGCACAUUGUGGACAAUUGAUAUCCACUGCCUCUAAUAUUUCUCUUUGUCUGUGUGUUGCUGUCAUUUUGUCACUUUAACAGUAAUUUUUUGAGGGUGGGAAUAAGGGAUGUUUUUAAAUGUAGAAAAGCUAUAUUAAAGAUGUCUCCUUUCACCCAG